AUGGAGAAGAUGCAACUAGCCUUUUGCAAGGCCCAAGGGAUGGAUGAUUUUCUCUAUAACAUGGGGAGCAUAAGCUCCAAAACUCCCAUUGCACCACCUCUAAAGUUCAAAAUUUUCGAUGCGAAAUUUUUUGAUGGAACUAGAGAUCCAAAGCAACAUGUUAGGAGGUACUUAAGCAUUUUUGAAAUGAAGGGGUUGGAUGAGAAGCAAACUUUGCAUGCAUUUCCUCUCUCACUCAUGGGAGGUGCAUCAAGAUGGUACUAUAGCUUGGAUCUUAGCAAGACUAUGGUAUGGAAUGGACUAAUGGAGUUGUUUGUGGAUCAAUUCAUCUUCAACACCAUGAUUGAUGUGACUCUAAGGGAUUUGGAGACCGAUAAGCUAGGAGUGGGGAAAACAUUCUCUGAAUAUAUGACAAGGUGGAAGGGAAAAGCAUCAAGGAUGGUUAAUAGACCAAAUGAGAAAGACCAAAUCAAUAUGAUUAUCAAGAAUUUGCUUCCGGCAUAUAAUAGUAGGCUUUUGUCAUCACCUAUUAGUUCUUUUGGGGAAUUGUGUGAUUGUGGAACCAGGAUAGAGGAUUCCAUCAACAAUGGACAAUUGGAGAAGGGUGAGAGCAAACCUCCAAUCAAGAAGACAUAUGGAGGAGGAGCAACUGCCUCUAAAGCACCCAAUCCUGUGAAUGUAAGUGCCAUCAUACCUUAA